UGCCGACAAAGGACCGGCGCAUGCGCACUGUUGUUUUUGCCUCCCAUUGAUUCGGCAUCAUAUCUUUUGUUUCGCUAGCGGUACAAUUUCAAGCGACUAACUUACGUUUUUUGGACGUCAGUAGGCUUGAUCGCAACAUGACGUCACGUGUCGGCCACAAAGCUGCUGCCACCAAUGGGAGUGAUUUUAAAACCAGAGAGAAGGUGGCUCCACAUUACCAAAUGAGUGCUUCCUUGAAGUCCGAGGUCCAACGCUUGAAUGUGGUCCACCUCCUGGUCUGGCUGCUGGUGGCCGCCCAAGUGGUUGUGAGUCACUUCCAACUGGUGCCACACGACAUCGUCUCCAUGCCGUACCAGUGGGAGUACCCUUACCUGCUCAGCAUGGUCCCCUUGCUCUGCAGCAGCCUGUCCCUCCCCAAGAGCAACAUCAGCUACCUGGUGUUGUCCAUGAUCAGUGCAGGGCUCUUCUCGGUGGCGCCGCUGAUCUAUGGCGGCAUGGAGAUGUUCCCUGUGGCGCAGCAGCUGUACCGCCAUGGCAAAGCCUACCGCUUCAUUUUCGGCUUCUCCGCCGUGACAGUCAUGUAUCUGAUCAUGGUGGUAGCCAUCCAAGUGCACGCGUGGCAGCUGUAUUACAUGAAGAAGCUGCUAGACUCGUGGUUCAAUGCCACGCAAGAGAAGAAGAAGAAAUGAUGGUGGAAGGAAAUGUUUUAUACUGUAUAUUUUUAUUUUCAUGUACUACAGAACUUCUCUGUUGAUUUUUCCUGUUGGAAGUAAUUAGUUUCAGGUUCAAACUGUUGCCAUCAUAAAAGCCCUUGAAGCCUCUUAAAGUUACACUUUUCACCCUGAGUUCCCAAAACGAUCCUGCUCAUAGAAGUAUCACAAAAAUGUCAUAUCAUUUUUUUUAAAUGAUAUUAGCAUUAGCAUUUAAUCUUUUCAACAACUUUAUACCUAACGAUAGAUAAAACGUGCUUGCAGUAAUUGUUAAAAGCAGCAGAUCACUCCUGUCACAGUAGGUCCUUAAAAACAGCAGAGCUCUCCUGUCUCCUGUGAUUAGCUGACUCGUGGGGAUUUUUUUCAGUUUGUUCCUAAAAACAGCAGAGUGCUCUGUUGUAUGGAGGAUCUUGACAGCUGUAAACAUACUGCUUCUGUUUUGAUAUAUGACUUUAUAACUACAGUAUAUUCAUUUGGUGAGGUAAAAAUGUUACUGUUGACAUAUAAUAUACAGAAAAAGAAUAACACAGUAAUGAGUAUUUAGCUUUCAGAAAAUGUGCACCUCAGGCCAAGUUAGUUGAAUAGCUCUGAAUUUUCUGUAUUUAUUGUUGCUUUUAUUUAAAACUCUCCUUUAAAACUUUGCAUCUUUUAAUUAAUACUACACUUGUUUUCAUCCCUGUGAGUUAUUGUAUAAAUAAAACACAAUAAUUCCCUGUUUUUACAUGUAUUUUCAGGUAAAUCCCUGUGUUGAAAUGCAUGUUGACAAUAUAAAUAAAGGAUAUAAAACGUCUGCCUUCGAUUG